GUCAGGGGAGGGAGGGAACAAAGCCUCAGCCAGGCCUGGGCUCCGUGUGCCAGGCCCCUCCCAGCUGGAUGGAGGCAGGGUUCACAUCAGCACCCACAAAGGGCUUUACACACAUUCUUGCCCUGAGCGCUCACAACACCUUGUAGGCUGGUGUCUGUGAUGGUCCAUUUCAUAAAGGAGGAAGCAGGCUCAGGGAAGUCAAGUGCCUCUCAGGGGGCUCAGCCAGUGGGUGGCCUGCACGCGCCUAUGCCAUUCUGCCUUCCAUGCUGCUGCACGCCAUUGGGGGCGAGGGAGGAGUCUGGGGAGAGAGACCAAUGCGAUGCAGCAAAGGAGCAGCCACAGGUCACUGCCUCCUGGGAAUGUGCAACAGCCCAGAAGGGUACAGACAAGUUCCAUGCAAAGUGAGGCAAAGUGUGAACUCAGGCCUGGCGGAGUGCAGAUGAAGGAAAGGGCGUGGCCAGCCUGAGAUCAGAGAAGACCCAGAAGUGGUGGCAUCUGUGCCAGGCCCUGAAGGCUGGGGAGGAUUUAGACAUAGGAGAGGAGGAGCAUAGGACCCAUUUUAGGCAAGGUACUGCCCAGACAGGGCCGGUAGGUGGGAGGGCCAGGAUGGACGCCAGGGCUAAUGAGUGGCCCUCCUGAUUGGUGCAUGCAGUGGGAGGCAGGCGGGAUCCCAGGGCAGCUCUGCACAGGCUGGUCUUGGGUUCAAGAAAGGCCCCAGAGACCCUGAGGGGACUUUGUGCAGCUGCCUGUGCCCAGCAUCCAGCAGCUCUACCACUGGGACUGUGGCCUGGCCUGCUCCAGGAUGGUGCUGCGGUACCUGGGCCAGCUGGACGAUGGUGAGUUUGAGAGUGCCCUACAGGAGCUGCGGCUGACCAGGAGCAUCUGGACCAUCGACCUGGCCUACCUGAUGCGCCAUUUUGGCGUGAGGCACCGCUUCUGUACCCAGACUCUGGGCGUUGACAAGGGCUACAAAAACCAGUCUUUCUAUAGGAAGCACUUUGACACAGAGGAAACCCGGGUGAACCAGCUGUUUGCACAAGCCAAGGCCUCCAAGGUGCUGGUAGAGAAAUGCACGGUGAGCGUGCAGGACAUCCAGGCUCACCUGGCGCAGGGCCAUGUGGCCAUUGUAUUGGUGAACUCAGGGGUGCUGCACUGUGACCUCUGCUCCAGCCCCGCCAAGUACUGCUGCUUCGCCCCCCGUGGCCACCGCUGCUUCUGCCGCACCCCCGACUACCAGGGCCACUUCAUCGUGCUGCGUGGUUACAACCGGGCCACCGGCUCCAUCUUCUACAACAACCCAGCGUACGCUGACCCAGGAAUGUGCAGCACCAGCGUCAGUAACUUCGAGGAGGCCAGAACCAGCUACGGCACAGAUGAGGACAUCCUCUUCGUCUACUUGGACAGCUGACAGCAGGAGCUUGGUGUGCCUCGGGCCCUCAGACCCCACCCUGCCCCACCCAAGCUGGUCCCACUCAGAAGGCCCUGCCCAAGCCCUGGGGCUGCCGGGGCUCGGAUGCAGAGCUGGGGCCUCAGCCCCUGUGACAAAACUCCUGGGGAACUCUGGGAAGCUGCAGCACUCCUGCUUCAUCCACCAGUGGUGAGGGUCAUCGUGCCACUUACCCAGCUUCCCUGCUGGUUGCUGGAGGCAUCCCCAGGGCAUCUGAGCAGAGCUUCCCCCAGGACCCCGAGCCUGACUCCAGCUGUGUCCAGGGGACGUCCAGCACCGACAGUACCCUGGUUGCCUGCGAGCCAGACCCUGGGCCAGGGGAGAGGUCUGAGUCCAUCUCCCCACAGACCUAGGGACCAAGCCCUUGAGAGAGAUGUUGCUUAUCGGGAUAGCAUCUGUGUGUUUGGAGACUGUAGCUAACCCUGGCCUUGCUGGGAGCGGUCCUCACCCUUCUCCCUGGAAGUGCUGCAGAGCCCCCCUGUGUCCUUUCAUGGAUGCUACCGCCCCCUCUGGCAUUCCCAGUGGGCCCAAGUUCCUGUGGCUGGUUCAAGGCCUCUGGCUCCCGGGGAGGACUGGACCUCAGGAAGAAAGGACUCUGAGGCCCCUGCAGCCCUCCAGGUACUCCAGCUCUAAAGGGUAUGGGCAGGGCCCUGGUGAGUGUGCUCAGGGUGCCUGACCCAGAGGGCUAGGGACAGCUGCCUGGGCCCAAAGAUCUCUCUCACCCAUAAGGCCUCCUGACACUAGCCUAAGUCCCAACAGUGGGGCCUGUCCUCUGAGUGUGGGGAGCCCCAGGUCUCACAGGGCCUAUGCUGAAGCAAUGGCGGGGGAGCGGGCAGCCUGUGGCCUCGCACCCACCCUGGGGUUCACACCAGGACCUUUUGCACAGAAUGUUGGGUCUCUUCUAUCAUGACAAAGAAGGGUGGUGCCUGCCCAGGAUCACACAGCAUGGCACGGAGCAUGAACUAGAGCUGUUGCCUUCUUUUUCUUUUGGGGGGGUUGGGGACGGGGGGGCCGUGCGGGGGUAGGCGGUGGGUUGUUUUUUUUUCUUUUUGAAAUUUAAGUUUUUACUUUUGGGGUGAUAAUCACCCUCAAGUAAGACAAUAAUCGAUUACAGGUACUUUGGAACCACUGACACCUCUCUUCACGGGGCAGAUAAGCCAGCCCAAGUUCUCUUUCAAAGAGAAGGGGACUCCCAGCUGGUGGGCUUGAGUGCCAUGGCCCCUCACCCUUACAGACAGAAUCUGGCCCAGUCUGGGGAGAGUUUGCCCAGGAGGCUGGUGGAGCUGGGUCUUGAACCCAGGUCUACACCUAAAAUGUAAAGGAAAUGGGUCAUUUCCAGAGGGGCUGGGGCACCCACCCCUCCCAGGCUGACUGUGGCAAAGGAGCAGAGGUGCCCCAACAGCCCCACUGACACUGCACCUCUGCGAUUUGGUCUUCCAGUGCCCAAGGCAUGAUGCGGUGGCAGCUGCUGCCCUCCCCCUCCAGCCGGCCCCUCCCCACCAUGGCUGCUCUGAGGGGCCGCGGUGGGCUUUGCUUACAAAGGCUGUCAGACCACCCAGCCAUAUUGCUCCUCAACGCCUGACGCAACCUUGGCCGAGAGGGAGGCGCUGUUAGCUGGGCAGCCACCCCUGGGUGUGAGACAAGCGUUGCCUUCAGACUGGUCUCGUUUCUUUUGCCUUAAUGCUGGUUGGCCCAAGAUCCCGGGGAGCUCCGGCUCCAUGCUCAGGAAUACCACAUGUGGCAACUGUGGGGUUUGGGCGUCCUCAGGAGAGGCCCAAGUAAAACUGUGGUGAGAAUAGAUGUGUCAAGGAAAGCAAGAGGAAGUGAAGCUUUCAGGGUGGCUGAAUGAGUGAGGCACGUGCCCAUGCUGGUGGGACUAUCAUGGAGAGCAGCCUCCAUAGACAGUGGUCAUAGCACCUCAGUCCAUCAUGUGACAUUUAAAAACGCUCAGUCCCUGGGCUUGGAGGAGGGCUUCUCAGGGCAAGCCACAAGUUAGGGGUCAACUGUGUGGAAGAUUAACAAGAAAGCUGCCUGCCCCUGAGAUGGUGCCACCUUCCCAGCGAGGGUCAUGGAGGCAGGACACAAACCACACCAUGUUGUAUAUUGAAAAAAAUCAUGAAAAUGGGGCCAGAGAAAAAGCCCCAUCAGGAACUUCUGCCUACAGCACGGGGCACCCACAACCCCCUAUCCACACGCUGGGGGUCCAGCACCCCCCCUCCCCCCCAAAGCACAGCAGACAUUUGGCUUUGUUCACUCCAGCUACAUGGGGACAAAAGGGAUCUUUUGCAUUGCAGAGAUUUUAUACAUAAAUAUAUUUUGUUUGUAAUAAGCCAUUCUCAAUAAAUGUUAUUCUCACUGCAAAAUCAUGGCA